CGCUGCGGCCGCCGCGGCGGCUCCCGGGGCUGUCGCGGGCCGGGGCGGUUGGAUAGGCGGCUGACACUCGUGGCCAUGGAGUGGGGUUCCGAGUCGGGGGCCGUGAGGCGGCACCGCGUCGGAGGGGAGCGCCGGGACGGCCCGGGGGCCAAGCCGCAACUGGAGAGCGACGCCCUGGCGCAGGAGCCCCUGGCGGACGCGUGCGGCGGCGGCGGCGGCGGCGGCGGCAGCGCGGGGACGCGGAAGCGGAGCGGCGGCGCGAGCCGGGGUUCGGGGAGCGGGCUGUCCGAGGCGCGCGCGGCGCUGGGGCUGGCGCUCUACCUGCUCGCGCUGCGGGCCCUCGUGCAGCUCUCGCUGCAGCAGCUGGUGCUGCGCGGGGCCGCUGGUGGCCGCCGCGGAGAGUUCGACGCGCGCCGAGCCAGGGAUUAUCUUGAACACAUAACAUCCAUUGGCCCCAGGACUACAGGAAGUCCAGAAAAUGAAAUUCUGACAGUGCGUUACCUUUUGGAACAGAUUAAACUGAUUGAAGUUCAAAGCAACAGCCUUCACAAGAUUUCAGUAGAUGUGCAACGGCCCACAGGCUCCUUUAGCAUUGACUUCUUGGGAGGGUUUACAAGCUACUAUGACAACAUCACCAACGUUGUGGUAAAGCUGGAACCCAGAGAUGGAGCCCAGCAUGCCAUCCUGGCUAACUGUCAUUUUGACUCAGUGGCGAACUCACCAGGUGCCAGCGAUGAUGCAGUUAGCUGUUCAGUGAUGCUGGAAGUCCUUCGUGUCUUGUCAACAUCUUCAGAAGCCCUACAUCAUGCUGUCAUAUUUCUCUUUAAUGGUGCUGAGGAGAAUGUCUUGCAAGCCAGUCAUGGUUUUAUUACCCAGCACCCUUGGGCCAGCUUGGUUCGUGCAUUUAUUAACCUGGAGGCAGCGGGUGUAGGAGGGAAAGAACUUGUAUUCCAAACAGGUCCUGAAAAUCCUUGGUUGGUCCAAGCUUAUGUUUCAGCAGCCAAACACCCUUUUGCUUCUGUGGUGGCUCAGGAGGUUUUCCAGAGUGGAAUCAUUCCUUCAGAUACUGACUUCCGUAUCUACAGGGAUUUUGGAAACAUUCCAGGAAUAGAUUUAGCUUUUAUUGAGAAUGGAUACAUUUAUCACACCAAGUAUGACACAGCGGACAGAAUUCAAACAGAUUCCAUUCAGAGAGCAGGUGACAACAUUUUAGCAGUUCUUAAAUAUCUAGCUACAUCUGAUAUGUUGGCUUCUUCUUCUAAGUAUCGACAUGGAAACAUGGUCUUCUUUGAUGUGCUUGGCCUAUUUGUCAUUGCCUACCCGUCUCGUGUUGGCUCGAUAAUUAACUACAUGGUGGUAAUGGCUGUUGUUUUAUACCUGGGAAAGAAAUUAUUGCAGCCCCAAAAUAAGACUGCUGCCUACACAAAGGACUUCUUCUGUGGCCUCGGCAUCACUCUGAUAAGCUGGUUUACUAGCUUGGUUACAGUUCUCAUCAUAGCAGUGUUCAUCUCUCUUAUUGGACAGUCUCUCUCAUGGUAUAACCACUUCUACGUCUCCGUUUGUUUGUACGGAACUGCAGCUGUAGCUAAAAUAAUAUUCAUACAUACCCUUGCAAAAAGAUUUUAUUAUGUGAAUGCCAGUGACCAGUAUCUGGGAGAAGUGUUUUUUGACGUCUCGCUGUUUGUGCACUGUGGAUUCCUGACAGCUCUCACUUACCAAGGGCUCUGCUCGGCAUUUAUUAGCGCUGUCUGGGUGGCAUUCCCAUUGCUCACAAAGCUUUGCGUGCACAAGGACUUUAAGCGGCAUGGUGCUGGAGGAAAAUUUAUUGCCUUUUACCUUUUGGGGAUGUUUAUUCCUUAUCUUUAUGCAUUGUACCUCAUCUGGGCCGUAUUUGAGAUGUUUACCCCUAUCCUUGGGAGGAGUGGCUCGGAAAUUCCACCUGAUGUUGUGCUGGCUUCUAUUUUGGCUGGUUGUACGAUGAUUCUCUCAUCCUAUUUUAUUAACUUCAUCUAUCUUGCCAAAAGCACAAAAAGAACCAUGCUGACUUUAACUUUGGCAUGUACAAUGACAUUCCUCCUUGUUUGCAGUGGAACAUUUUUCCCAUACAGCUCCAACCCUGCCAGUCCAAAGCCAAAGAGAGUGUUUCUUCAGCAUGUGACUAGAACAUUUCAUGAUUUGGACGGAAACGUAGUUAAACGGGACUCUGGAGUAUGGAUCAAUGGGUUUGAUUAUACCGGCAUGUCUCACAUAACAUCUCACGUUCCCGAGAUCAACGAUACCAUCCGAGCUCGCUGUGAGGAGAACGCACCCCUCUGUGGUUUCCCUUGGUAUCUUCCAGUGCACUUCCUCAUCAGGAAAAACUGGUAUCUUCCUGCCCCAGAAGUUUCUCCAAGAGAACCUCCUCAUUUCAGACUUGUAUCCAAAGAACAGACACCCUGGGAUUCUAUAAAGCUGACCUUUGAAGCAACAGGACCAAGCCAUAUGUCGUUCUAUGUUCGGGCCCACAAAGGGUCUAUGCUUUCUCAGUGGUCUCUCGGCAGUGGCACCCCAGUCACGAGUAAAGGAGGGGACUACUUUGUAUUUUAUUCCCAUGGACUCCAAGCCUCUGCAUGGCAGUUCUGGAUAGAAGUGCAGGUCUUGGAAGAACAGCCUGAAGGAAUGGUCACGGUGGCCAUUGCUGCCCAUUAUUUUUCUGGGGAAGACAAGCGAUCCUCCCAGCUGGAUGCUUUGAAAGGAAAAUUCCCAGACUGGACAUUUCCCUCAGCCUGGGUGUGCACCUACAAUCUCUUUGUGUUUUAAUCUUGUGGAUGAGCUCUAAGUACAUGCCCAGUGGGAUAUGCCAUGUGGCACUGUUUCUCCUUAUGGUACACGGAUGUUUGUAUGUAAGUCGAUGAAUUUUAACAAGCAUACGUUCAAAGAGCUUUAUGGGCUAACACUCUUCAGGGCCAAGCACCGUCUAUAAUGGUUACACUGUGGGGUAGUGUGCAUGGCCAUUUUGACACUUGAAAAUACCAAUUUUAUGGCACUUAAGCACAUGUGGGUACUGCCACUACACACAUGUCAUCUUCUAUGACCUUAAGGACAAAAGCCAACAAACCACUUUAAUAGUUGUCCCCUUAGGAUCAUGAAAGAUGCAGAAGGUACUGUAAAUCCAUUGUUAAUAAGACAAAUGACAUUUCCAAUUAAAGCCCAAGACCCUUUUCUGUGUCAGUAGAUAGGUAAAAUAUCCUUCACAGAGGUAAUGAUUCCCCUUGAGACCUAACUCUGUAGGUCAUUAGAAAGCAAUUGCAGGGCUUCCUAGAUGGCGCAGUGGUUAAGAAUCCGCCUGCCAGUGCAGGGGACGCAGGUUCGAUCCCUGCUCCGGGAAGAUCCCAUUUAAAAAAAAAAAAAAAAAAAAAGAAA